AUGAGAUCUCAAAGUGAUAAUUCUAAAAAGUCUAAUUCUGAAUUAAUAUCAAAGGCUAAUUAUCUAUAUACCAGAGCUUUAAUGUGGCCUUAAUUGAUGGACAUUGAUUUAAAGAUUAGUCAUCCUAUCUAAAGUGUUAAAUUGAAUUAAUAAAAUUAAAGAGUAAUAAAGUAUAAUAAAAUAUUAUAAGAUUUGAUGUUAUAAGGACUAGAGGAAAUUUGCUUGAUUCAAAUUUAAAAACUUAACUUGAAUAAUUACUAACAUAUUAUGUGAUAUCAAAUCAUAUAACUUAUAAAUAAGGAUUACAUGAAAUCGCAGCUCCAUUUAUAAUAUUUAUUAAUGCAGGCUUAAAUAUAUCAGUAGUUUAUUCUAUGUUUAAUGAAUUUAUUAGAAGAUAUAUGACUAAUUUUUUUGAUGAUGAUUAUUCAGGAAUUCAAUCAAUAUUAUCUGUUUAUAAUUUAUUAUUGAAAUAUCAUGAUAUGGAAUUAUACAAUAGAUUAACUUUACAUGAAAUAUCACCUUAAUUGUAUGCCAUUCCAUGGUUCAUUACUUUAGGUAUUAAUAAGGCUUCUUUUCCAAUAGCAUAAAUGAUAAUAGAGAACACUAUUCUGAUAAAUGAUAGAUAUUUCAUUUUUAGUUUUAACAUUGCAAUAGUAAUCUAUAAAAAAAAAGAAAUCUUAAAUAAUAGAGCUGACAAUUUACCAUAUUUUAUGUCUAAGAUAUUUUUAGAUGAUGAAAAAACUUAUUAUGAAAUUAUUAAAAUAGCUAUAAAAAUUCAUACAUAUACACCAAAGCAAUUUUGGAUUUAUUUGGACUCUUUAAAUCUAUUUAAUCAUCAUGCCAAACCAAUAUUUUUGGAAUAGGAAAAAUAACCAUUAUUAGAUAUGAUUUAAAUAUCACCUUAUGAAGUUUAGGAUAUGAUUAAUUAACAUAUAUUAAUAACAGAGAAAUGGGAAAUUUAAGAUCUAAAUCAUCCUCAAGUAUAAAAAAUUAAAUAAAUAUUCAGUAAAUAAAAUUAUAAUCCUUAAUAACCAGUUUUGAUAUUUGAUUAUUUAACUGAUGAAUUAAAAGAUAAAAUUGCAUUAAAUACAUUAAUACAUAUUGUAGAUUUAUCAAGAUAAAAUUUAUAAAAAAUAUUAUAACAAUUAUUCAAUUUUAAAAUGACAAAUAAAUUAUGGAUUUGUUUAUUUACUAAUAAAGAUAUUGAACAUUUAUGUAAUAGUUUUAUUUUUAAUUAGUUAAUCCUAUUUAUAUAGCAUUACAAGAAGCAAAUACUAAAUACAUUUGUAAAUGUGACAAAAAUCAAUUUAUUGAGUUAUAUGAAUUCUAAAAUUGA